AUGGCAUCUUCAAAGGUUUGCAAGGAAAGAUUUGAUGCUGCUGUCACAUAUCUGGGUGCUAUUGGAAUUCAGAGAGAAACUGUUUCACCAGUGUUGACGAAUCUACUAGACUUGUAUGAUCACAACUGGGAAUUUAUAGAAGCUGAUCACUUUCGGGUUCUAACCGAUGCCAUAUUCGACGAGCCAGAUCCCAAAGAAGAACAGCAAAGGCAAGCUAACAAGAGGAUGAAUCCUGAUUCGGAUCACUGUAAAAAGAAGCUUAAGAUAAAACAUCAUUCUCGAAAACCUACAUCCAAGGUGCGUGUCAAUGAGAAGACAGAGUUGACUGAAGCUCCACUGCAGCAAGAAGCAGGCAAGCUGUGCCCUCAAACUGUUUGUGCCACUGGGAACACAUUGCAGUUGUCUUUUUCGCGGGUGCCUAUUGAAGAAAUAAACAUGGAAAACGAUGUUCUCAAGGAUACAUUGACAGAUGAAGAUAGUUCAGCUUUAUCACUCCAAGGUCAAGAGCUUCCUACUUUCGAGACCCCACUGGCAGUUAUGUGCCCACUAGUUCAAGAUUCCAGCCAUCAGAGAGCAUACAAGGACGUGCACAACCAGUGCAUUGAAUUGGACUAUACAUAUAGUGGACCAAGAGAAAGUGGAAUGCUACAAAUAGUUCCUGCCAUGGACUUUUUAUCUAAGCCUUCAGUGCCAAACCAAGCUGGUUCCUCGUGUAUGCCACCUAGCAAUAGCAUGAUCCAUGGUGGUAUUUGCCCCUCUAGUGCUACUGCUGGAGAACAGUGCAGUUCCAGUAAUAUGCUGGUUAUUGCCAAGCCCAAGGGACCAGCUCAUGAUGUCAAUGACAUAACAAAAGGUGAAGAACAUGUGAGUAUUCCCAUAAUCAAUGAAGGUGGCAAUGGGAUUCUUCCUGCUCCCUUUCACUACAUACCACGCAAUAUCACAUUCCAGAAGGCAUAUGUCAAUCUUUCGCUUGCUAGAAUAGGAGAUGACAAUUGCUGCUCAGACUGCUUUGGAGAUUGUCUAGUGGAACCACUUCCUUGUGCAUGCGCAGCAGAAACAGGAGGCGACUUUGCUUAUACAAGAGACGGCCUGCUUAAGGAAGAAUUUCUCAAUUCUUGUCUCUCCGUGCUUCCAAAAUUCUACUGCAAAAUUUGUUCAAGGGAACGAGUGAAGAUCGUAAAUUCUGAGUCACCAAACGCCAAGGUGAAUCCUUGUAAAGGGCACCCUAUAAGGAAAUUUAUCAAGGAAUGUUGGAAUAAAUGUGGAUGUGCCAGAAAUUGUGGAAAUCGUGUGGUGCAGCGGGGUAUUAGUCGGCAUCUACAAGUUUUCUUAACCCCUGGAGAAAAAGGAUGGGGACUGCGGGCUGCUGAGGAACUUCCUCGGGGUGCAUUUAUUUGUGAGUAUGUUGGUGAAAUAUUGACGAACAAUGAGCUGUAUGAGCGAAACAAUCAAAUGGUGUCGAACGGUAAGCAUACCUACCCUACGUUGCUUGAUGCUGACUGGGUCACUGAAGAUGUUCUGGAGGACGACCAUGCUCUCUGUCUGGAUGGCACCUUUUAUGGGAACGUGGCAAGGUUCAUAAACCAUAGGUGUUCUGAUGCCAAUCUUAUUGUUAUACCUGUUGAGAUUGAGACACCCGACCACCACUACUACCAUCCGGCGUUUUUCACCACAAGGCAAAUAAAGCCAUUUGAAGAACUUACAUGGGACUAUGGACUUGACUUUGAUGAUGUCAACCACCCUGUCGAGGCAUUCAAAUGUUGUUGUGGAAGUGAGUUUUGCCAGGACAAAAGGAACAUCUGA